UUGGCAACAAUUGGUGAGGUCUAAUUCACCCAAAUAACACCUAUGCAUUAGGAUUCAUUUUACCAAGUUGACUUUAAUCAUCCCAUUACGUUCCUUUCCCUUUAUUUAUUCUCCCCACCCAUUCUUAUUUCCCUUCUCCUUAACUAGAAGAGACUCUUUCUUCUCAGAAACCUCACUCUUUCUUUCUCAGUUUUCUUCUCUUUAAAGCUUAAAAAAAAAAAAUGAGUAACAUAAGCUUGGUAGAGGCCAAGCUGCCCCCAGGUUUCAGGUUCCACCCUAGAGAUGAAGAGCUUGUUUGUGAUUAUUUGAUGAGGAAGGUGGCUUCAACUGAUACUUUGCAACUCAUGAUUGUAGUUGACCUUAACAAGUGCGAGCCAUGGGAUAUUCCCGAAACGGCUCGAGUGGGAGGCAAAGAAUGGUAUUUUUACAGUCAAAGAGACCGAAAAUAUGCAACAGGAUUAAGAACAAAUAGAGCAACAGCCUCUGGGUACUGGAAGGCCACGGGGAAAGACAGGGCUGUCCUUAGCAAAGGCACCCUUGUUGGGAUGAGGAAAACCUUGGUGUUCUACCAAGGUAGGGCUCCCAAAGGAAGAAAAACUGAUUGGGUCAUGCAUGAAUUCAGGCUUGAAGGACCCCUUUCCCCUCCCAAGCUUUCUACUCUCAAGGAGGAUUGGGUUUUAUGUCGAGUGCUCCACAAAAACAGAGAAAUUACUGCCAAACAAAGUAGCAUGGGAAGCUGUUAUGAUGACACAGGCUCUUCAUCUCUUCCACCAUUGAUGGAUUCUUACAUUAUUUUUGACCAAAAUCAACCAAAUUUAGAUGAUUAUGAUGAGCAAGUGUCCUGCUUCUCCAUGCUGUCCCAAAACCAAACCAACCCAAUUUUCCCAGACAUCACCCACAUGGAACCAAACGCACCUAUCAAAACCCAAACAGCUGUUGGACAAAUACCAAUGAAUGUUGCUUGUUUGGAUUCUUUCCCUUGUGACAAGAAUGUGAUAAAAGCUGUGCUGAAUCAUCUUACGAAGCUGGAUACUUAUCUUAACGUGAAGGAAUCACCAAGUUUUGGAGAAGGAAGCUCAGAUCAGAGCUACUUAUCUGAAGUGGGCAUGCCCAACAUUUGGAAUUAAUCAUAAUUAAUAAUAAAUAUAUAGUUAGGAUUUUCAAAUCUAAGUCCUUCAGAAAUAUUAUUGUUGUAAAAUAUAUGCAAAUUUGGGGUUAUAUGAUCAUCAAUUUCCCCUUCCUUAUAGCAUCAUGCACUUGUUUCCAUUUUCCAACAUUAGGAUUAGGGUAACUCUUAUAAAGUGUAAAAUUGUAAUUGAUUAAAGUGGAGUAUCAAAACAUUAAAGUUUCUUUGGGUCAAUUAAUGUAUAAUUGUGGAAAGUUCAUAUUGUUGUAUAUAUAAAGUUUUAUAUGAA